CAUCUCCAAAGAAAAUAGUAAAUAAAAUAUCUCCACAUUUUAAAAUACUUAGUAAAAAUAAAAUGUUGGUCAAUUGAUUCUAAUCAAUUUCAAUACAGGAGUAUUGAAAAAGACCUUUCACAUUGCUCAUGGCUCAUUUCCAUCAUUUCUAUUUACCGUAUGGUACAUAUACAUAUAUAGCAAUGCUUAUUUUCUACUCAGUCCCACACAAACGUAAUGCACACAGUGGAUUUUAUGUACGAGUGUGAAAAAUAUUGUACCAAUUGUGGGUGUGUUAUUGCGUAUCAUCUGUCAAAUUGUUAUUUUAAAUUUUUGUUGGAUUGAAAUUAUGAGAAAAAAAUUAAUUAUCGGAGUUGAAUGAGUACAAGCAACUUUCAUUUUUCCAAUCGUUGAGAUACAUGGAGGACUUUUGGUGGACAUCGACGACUUGUAAUCACCACAUUGUUAAAAUUAUAAAGUGGAUUCAACGAUAAAAACAUCAUGCAUUUUUCUAUACCAGAUACUCAAGAGUUCAUAGACACAACAGGAAAUUCUUAUGUGGGUUAUAAUAUCCAUAUAAAUGGACUAUUCCAUUGUACAGUGAGAUAUAAACAGCUACUCAAUCUUCAUGAGCAACUGAUUAAAAACAUGGAUGUGAUGUUACCUUCUUUUCCACCAAAAAAAUUUUUUCCAUUAACUGCAAAUCAACAGGAAGAUCGACGUCUAUGUUUGGAAAAAUAUAUUCAAACAAUUGGACAAAAUCCAGCAAUAAAUAAUUCAAAAUUAUUAAAUGGAUUUUUAUUAAACGCACAACAAGAAACCUUUUCCAGGAUGAUGGAAAGUGUUGAUUUGUCUGUGUUUUUAAUGGAUAAUCAAAAAUUAACCUUAAAAGUGUCAACUGAUGAAAAUUCUCAAAAAGUAUUGGAAAAAGUAUGUAAAUUAAUUAAUUUACCAAGAAACUAUGAAUCUUAUUUUUGUUUAUUUAUCAUCACUAAAACUGGAGAUAACAAUAUAGAUAUUCUAAGAAAGUUACAUGAUUUUGAAUCACCAGUUUUAACAAUGGAUAAUAUUAAUCAAUAUGAAAAACAGAUAGUAGUAGGAAAGAAUUACUGGGAUAUCACUAAUGAUUUGAAAUUAAUUCAAAAUCCAAUUUCUUUGAAUUUACUUUAUAUCCAAGCAAUAGCAGAAGUAGACAGAGGUUGGAUUAUAGUUCCUAAUCAAUUAAAAACUCACUUGAAUAGUCUUAAAGAAGAGGAAAACAAAGUAGAAUAUUUAAAAUUAGUUAGCACUUUUAAAUAUUAUGGAUAUCUACAAUUUAAAAUGUGUUAUUGUGACUAUCCGGAACCUGGCACAAAAGUUAUCGUAUCAAUUGGAGGCCAUGAAUUAAAUUUAAGAAUUUAUAUUGACGAUGAAGAACAUGAAGCAAUGUUUAAAGUUACUCGAAUGCGUUGUUGGCGUAUUACAACUCUACAAAAUGGAUUUGAUAAGAAAGAAGAUCCAAAUAAUUUUAGUUUAGAGUUAUCUUUUGAAUAUUUAGUGGCGAAAAAUCAAUUACAAUGGAUAACAAUAUCAUCAGAACAAGCUAUUUUAAUGUCAGUAUGUUUACAAAGCAUGAUUGAUGAAUUAUUAUUGAAGCAUGUUCAUAAUCCUAAUAAAAAUAACCAAAUGUCUGAUAAAUCAUGGACCUAUGUCACAAGAGAUGGCCACAGUCGCGUCAUUGUUAGCUCAGGUUUACCAGAUGAUAUUGACAAUGUACAAAAAGAUAAACCAAUCCAGGAUUCAAAUGCGUCAGAUUUAGUUAUUAAAAAAUUUUCUGAUCGAUUCUCUUCAAGUAUGAAAACAAAAAAAACUGGAGAUGUUAAAAAUUUGACUAAAAUAAAUCCAAAAGGUACAAGUAGCUGUGAUAUCAUGGAGAACAAUGCAUUUCAUAUGAUAGGUGAUGAUGAUCUUUGAAGAAAACAAUCAUUCCGAAAUUAAUACAGUGAUUUUUAAAUCAGAUAAAAGAAACAAAUGUACUAUUCUCAGAAUCAACACUUCAUUGUGUAUUAUUUGCAUGAUUAUAAACGUACUAUGUUAUUUGAAUUUACUUAUAAGUGAUUAAAUUCAGUUAAAUCUGCAUAAAUAUGUGUAAACCGGAAAAAUACAUGAAAAUAAUUCCGUCCUAGAGUUGAGAGCAAAUAUAAAAAAUUUAAAUUCAUUUAUAAAAGGAAUUAAAUUGUUAUAGUUUUAUCAUUUUAUAUUAUGUUUAAUCAAUUAUUCAUUAAUCGGAAUUAUCGAAUAAGAAUUUGUGCCAAAUUUUUUUACAGUGAAUGAAUAAAAGAACUAAAAGUCGAUAUUAAAAAUAAAAAUAUCUAUAUCAACUUGAGUGCUGAACUAGUUGAGAUGAAAAAUUAUGAUUUACAAAAAUAAUUGUCAUAUUGCUCAAAAAAAUUACGCUGUCAUGAAAUACAUAUAUAUAUAUAAAAUUUCUAAGGAACUGUUUAUCAAGCGGAAAGUUUUAAUGAGCUCGAAAAUGAAAAGAAUUCAUCAAACCGUCCAUUAAGUAUGAUAAAAAUUGACGUUUUUUAAUUCUUUUUUAAUUUCAUUAUAAAAAUGAAAUAUUUUGUUAUUUUUAUGAAUUAUAUUAAUAAAUUAUUUCUUUUCAAAUUGUGAUUUAUAAUUCUAGAAAUACUAUUUUUGAUAAUAAUUGCAAAUAAUUCCAUUAUUUAAUCGACAAUUGGUUACACUAGAUACUUUUAGUGUAAAUUAUAAGAGAUCUUUAUAAUAACAAUGAAUAAAUACCAAUUAGAAAAUGACAUUGUUUAUUAUUUUUAUGAUAUAUUUUAUAUUAUUGCUAGUGUUUAAUAUUUUAAAUUAUAAAUAAGAGAAGCACCAGUUAAUGAUUAUAUAAAGCCAUGUUUUAUUAGUGGAAAAAAUAAAAAAUGUUAAUUUUUAAACUAAUAUUCUGUGUAAUACAUAUCCUGAUUAUAAGCAUUUUUAAUGAGGCAUAUGAUUAUGGUACAUUAAAAUCCAUUAUUUGGGCGCUUUAUUAUUACUAUUAUUAUGAUAAUUAUUAUUAAUUUUAUAGAUGCAUUUUUUACAUAUCCAGGGUUACUAAAAUUUCACACAUUUGUAUAAAGUCAAGGCCCCUCAAUAACGAUUGUGUAUUUUUUUUUUGUUACAUUUACUCUCCUUUUUCUUCAUUUUUCACUCUAUCUUGAAUAUUUUAAAAUAACUAUUACGUAUUUAAUAAUUAUUGAAAAAUUUUACAGUAUUUACUCUUGAUUGAAAUGUUUUUACUGACAUUAAGUCAUUCCUAUAAUAUAAUAAUAUUCAUUUAUUGACAUUAGUGAAUUUUAUUUACUUAUUAGUAGAAUAUUUUUAACCGUGGAAUAUCUUUAAAACUUAUUAGCAUUCUUUCUAUC